AUGUCAUCCACCACCAUCUCCAAAGGCUUUUCCAGCCUGACGCCGGUCGGCACGCCCAAGAAGCAGACUCCGAGCCCGGCGGUCGAUAGCCCUGGCAACUGGACCCAUCCGCGCCUGGCCGAGAUCACCAAGCGCCAGAAGCGCACUACCUUCACCGACAAGAACGCCCGCAUAAUCGCGUAUAACGUCGCGGCGCUGGUUAUCGUCCACCUUUUCAAGACGAACGCGACGGUGCAAAAGUACGAACGGAGCUUUUCCGAAUCCACAAGAUCCCUGAUAUGGUGGGCCAAUCUCGGCCUGCAGCUCAUUCCGCUCAUCAACAUCCUCGUCGCCCUCCUCCCAGUCUUCCGCAAGAAGGACGACCUCUCGGACAUACCCCUGACGACGACGCAGCGCAAGCUCCUCGGCCUGCCGCCCUCAUCUGCACCCGCCACACCCGGCUCCGUCUUCAGCACACCUCCGCGCUACACGCGCACGCCUUCGCUCUCGGGCUCCGUCGGCAGCAGCAAGAGCAUCAGCGGCUCUCCACUCUCCGGAAGUCCGUCCGCCGCAGCCGCCGCCAACAACAAGAGGCUAAACGGCUCGACCUUUUCACCCGUCGGCGCCGGCAGUCCGCUCUUCCAAAAGAUGCACGGCAGAAGGUCGUCCCUGAGCGGCAGCGGUGGCAUCUCUUCUGGCGGGCUGCUGAGUCAGGGCGCCUCGAGUGGGUCGAGCUUGUUUGGACAGUCGACGGCCGCGGGAGCUGCCACCCCAAGCCCGUCGGGGAAACGUACGUCGGUCGGCCUCAACAGCAAAUUCCUGUACGAGAAAGGACGGAGGAGCUCAGGUGCUGCCGGCUGGCUGCAGUAA